AUGUCGGCUGUUAUCGAUCAGGUCUACAGGCUUAUGAUGCGUCAUCCAACUGAUGAGUGUAAAUGGAACUCUACGUGGAUAGACGUAGACAUUAACCCACCGAUCAAUCUUCAAACUUACAACUGCUGUAUGAUGUUGUCCGAUGUCCACGGCGACAACGAUAAUAAAUUUGUGGUCGUAGAUUUCGGUUCGGGAACGUCCAGCCCUCAGUUAAAAAUAUUCAAAGGGUUGAAACAAACGCACGUGAUAUAUUUGAACGAAAAACCGUCGGCUAUUACAACCGUAUACACGGAUAACAGUGAACAACACAUACCAUGUGUAGCUGUAGUGAUAAAAAACGAGAUAUACUUUUACCGAAAUUGUAAGCCCUAUCAUAAAUAUUCAAUUCAGUCGACGACAAUAAGAGAUACCGAAGAAUCUAAAUUAUGGCAAGAGAGUGAAGAUGCAUUCGAUCUGCUAAAAAGUUUGCAAGUAUUAUCGUCGACCAUAGGAUUCGUGAGUCUAUCAACAACGUCACAGCAAAUGUUAUGCUUAAACGAGUGUCAUCUCAACGAAUAUUUUGAGAAGUGCAGAAAAAUUAAUCUAGUGAAACAACACACCAUAACAUGUGUUACGGAGUUGAAAAAGAAUAUGAGUGAUGUACACGGCGUCAGUUGUCUGGUAAUAGCAACCACCGAUAUGAUCAGCAUACUCGAUACUGAAUCGUUUAAAAUUUUACCUGAUAAAUAUGAGUUGCAGGGUGAAACUGCGUAUAUGUCUGCUACUGGGCUUUACGACGUCGACUAUAAGAUCCUCGUAGCCACAAGAACAGGUCGGCUUUACAUUUUUUCUAAAUCGUCGACGAGCGGCUUUAAAGUCGAAACGACACAUGCGAUUGUGGCUGUAAUACUCCGUAUUGACAAGUUCAUCUGUUGCACUAUAGACGGACUUUUACAGUGUUAUACGCUAAAGGUGAGAUUAUUUUUGGUACAAGUCUUCAUUGUUGUUAUCUAG